AUGUUAUCACAUGAUACACUUCAUUCAAAACAAGUUAUUAAAAUACAAGAUUUAAUAAAACAUUAUGAUUCAUUAUUAGCAAGUGGACAUGAACCUGAAACACAUAUUAUUGUUAAUAGUGUUCAAAUUGAAGAUGAUAAAUGGGAACGUCUUUCACGACAAAUUGUCGAUUUACUUCUUGCUCAUUUACAAUCUCAGUUGCAAGUCAUUUAUUUUUUUUGUGAAAGAAUACAUUUAUAUGAAAGUGGUCUUACAUUAGUUUUAUUAAUUGAACAAUUUCUUCCAUUACCAUUAAAUAAACAAUUAUGA